AGCGGCAAGACGUCGUCGGAGGAAGGCUGAAAAAGCCCAAGGUGCUGCCGUUGCUAAUACAAGUCGGAUUUGCUGUCGCCGGAGCCGCGUCUGUACACGUCUCGGACCGAGCGCAGCCUGCCGCCGCGGUCCCGGAGCCCAGCCCGUCCUCACCCGUCUCCGACCCGCGGUGAUGGAGCCGGCCACCGCGCUGCCCCCGGGCCCGCGCCCGGCGCUGCCCCUCGGGGGCCCGGGCCCGCUGGGCGAGUUCCUGCCUCCCCCCGAGUGCCCGGUCUUCGAGCCUAGCUGGGAAGAGUUCGCGGACCCCUUCGCUUUCAUCCACAAGAUCCGGCCCAUAGCCGAGCAGACUGGGAUCUGUAAGGUGCGGCCGCCGCCGGAUUGGCAGCCACCAUUUGCAUGUGAUGUUGACAAACUUCAUUUUACUCCACGUAUCCAGAGGCUGAAUGAAUUGGAGGCUCAAACUCGAGUAAAACUGAAUUUCUUGGACCAGAUUGCAAAGUACUGGGAGUUACAGGGAAGUACUCUGAAAAUUCCACAUGUGGAGAGGAAGAUCUUGGACUUGUUUCAGCUCAAUAAGUUAGUUGCAGAAGAAGGUGGAUUCACAGUUGUUUGCAAGGAUAGAAAAUGGACCAAAAUUGCCACCAAGAUGGGAUUUGCUCCUGGCAAAGCUGUGGGGUCCCAUAUCAGAGGGCAUUAUGAACGCAUCCUCAAUCCCUACAACUUGUUCCUGUCAGGAGACAGUUUGAGGUGUCUGCAGAAGCCAAACCUGAGCACAGACACAAAGGACAAGGAGUACAAACCUCAUGAUAUUCCCCAGAGGCAGUCUGUGCAGCCCUCAGAAACAUGUCCCCCAGCCCGACGAGCAAAACGCAUGAGAGCAGAGGCCAUGAAUAUUAAAAUAGAACCAGAAGAGACAGCAGAAGCCAGAACUCAUAACCUGAGACGACGAAUGGGCUGUCCAACUCCAAAAUGUGAAAAUGAGAAAGAAAUGAAAGGCAUCGUCAAGCAAGAAACCACUGAGAAGAAAGAAUACAUUGUAGAAAGCGAGAAGGAAAAACCCAAGAGCCGAUCUAAAAAAGCCACCAAUGCUGUGGAUCUCUAUGUCUGCCUCUUAUGUGGCAGCGGCAAUGAUGAAGACCGGCUGCUGUUGUGUGACGGCUGUGACGACAGUUACCACACCUUUUGCUUGAUCCCCCCUCUCCAUGAUGUUCCCAAGGGAGACUGGAGGUGUCCUAAGUGUUUGGCUCAGGAGUGUAGUAAGCCACAAGAAGCAUUUGGCUUUGAACAAGCAGCCAGGGACUAUACCCUCCGUACUUUUGGGGAAAUGGCAGAUGCAUUCAAAUCUGAUUAUUUCAACAUGCCAGUCCAUAUGGUUCCCACAGAACUAGUUGAGAAAGAAUUUUGGCGACUGGUAAGCACUAUUGAAGAGGAUGUCACAGUAGAAUAUGGAGCAGAUAUUGCCUCUAAGGAAUUUGGCAGUGGCUUCCCUGUCCGAGAUGGAAAAAUCAAACUUUCGCCUGAGGAGGAGGAGUACCUUGAUAGUGGCUGGAAUUUGAACAAUAUGCCGGUGAUGGAGCAGUCUGUCCUUGCUCACAUUACUGCUGAUAUAUGUGGCAUGAAACUUCCUUGGUUGUAUGUAGGAAUGUGCUUUUCUUCAUUCUGUUGGCAUAUUGAAGACCACUGGAGCUAUUCAAUUAACUACCUGCACUGGGGUGAGCCAAAAACCUGGUAUGGAGUCCCGGGGUAUGCUGCUGAGCAGCUAGAAAAUGUAAUGAAGAAACUAGCUCCAGAGCUCUUUGUGUCCCAGCCAGAUCUUCUCCAUCAGCUUGUGACCAUCAUGAACCCCAAUACCCUGAUGACUCACGAAGUGCCUGUUUACCGAACUAAUCAGUGUGCUGGGGAGUUUGUGAUUACAUUUCCAAGAGCCUACCACAGUGGUUUUAAUCAAGGUUUUAAUUUUGCUGAGGCUGUUAACUUCUGUACUGUUGAUUGGCUGCCAUUAGGCCGACAGUGUGUGGAGCAUUACCGCUUGCUUCACCGCUAUUGUGUAUUUUCCCAUGAUGAGAUGAUUUGCAAGAUGGCUUCCAAGGCUGAUGUACUAGAUGUCGUGGUGGCUUCAACUGUUCAGAAAGACAUGGCCAUUAUGAUUGAGGAUGAGAAGGCUUUAAGAGAAACUGUCCGUAAAUUGGGAGUAAUUGAUUCAGAAAGAAUGGAUUUCGAGCUGUUGCCAGAUGAUGAGCGUCAGUGUAUAAAAUGUAAAACCACAUGCUUCAUGUCUGCCAUCUCCUGUUCUUGUAAACCUGGCCUGCUCGUUUGUCUGCAUCAUGUAAAAGAACUGUGUUCCUGUCCUCCUUACAAAUAUAAACUGAGGUAUAGAUACACUCUGGAUGAUCUCUACCCCAUGAUGAAUGCACUGAAGCUUCGAGCAGAAUCGUACAAUGAGUGGGCCCUGAAUGUGAACGAAGCUUUGGAGGCAAAGACUAACAAAAAGAAAAGUCUUGUCAGCUUUAAGGCUUUAAUUGAAGAAUCUGAAAUGAAGAAAUUCCCAGACAAUGAUCUUUUGCGUCACCUUCGCUUAGUCACGCAGGAUGCAGAGAAGUGUGCCUCUGUCGCACAGCAGCUGCUUAAUGGCAAAAGACAGACUAGAUACCGAUCUGGUGGUGGAAAAUCCCAAAAUCAGUUGACAGUGAAUGAGCUCCGACAGUUUGUGACACAACUGUAUGCGCUUCCAUGUGUCCUCAGUCAAACACCUUUGCUAAAGGAUCUCUUGAAUCGUGUAGAAGAUUUCCAACAGCACAGCCAGAAAUUGCUCUCUGAGGAAAUGCCCAGUGCUGCAGAGCUGCAAGACUUGCUGGAUGUCAGCUUUGAAUUUGACGUUGAACUUCCACAGCUUGCUGAGAUGCGUAUUCGUCUAGAGCAGGCCCGUUGGCUAGAAGAGGUGCAGCAAGCUUGCCUAGACCCCAGCUCCCUUACAUUAGAUGAUAUGAGACGUCUCAUAGACCUAGGGGUGGGUCUGGCCCCAUAUUCAGCAGUGGAGAAAGCAAUGGCCCGGCUUCAGGAACUGCUCACAGUGUCAGAGCACUGGGAUGACAAAGCCAAGAGUCUUCUCAAGGCCAGACCUCGGCAUUCAUUGAACAGCCUUGCUACGGCAGUUAAGGAGAUUGAGGAGAUCCCUGCAUAUCUGCCAAAUGGUGCAGCUCUCAAAGAUUCAGUGCAGAGAGCCAGGGACUGGCUUCAGGAUGUGGAGGCCCUGCAGGUUGGAGGACGUGUGCCAGUAUUAGACACACUCAUAGAACUUGUUACCAGAGGCCGAUCUAUCCCGGUACAUCUGAAUUCUUUACCAAGACUGGAAUUACUAGUAGCUGAGGUUCAGGCUUGGAAAGAAUGUGCUGCUAAUACAUUCUUGACUGAGAAUUCUCCAUAUUCUCUCUUAGAGGUGCUGUGUCCUCGAUGUGACAUUGGCCUUUGGGGAUUGAAGAGGAAGCAGAGAAAGUUCAAGGAGCCCUCACCAAGUGGAAAGAAGAAAAGCACCAAACUAGAGAGUCUGAGUGACCUGGAGAGAGCUUUAAGUGAAAGCAAGGAGACUGCUUCAGCUAUGGCAACACUUGGGGAAGCUCGCCUAAGGGAAAUGGAAGCCUUGCAGUCUCUCAGGCUAGCCAAUGAAGGGAAGCUGCUGUCACCUGUCCAAGAUGUGGAGCUGAGAGUCUGCCUGUGUCAGAAGGCCCCAGCUGCCCCCAUGAUCCAGUGUGAACUCUGCAGGGAUGCUUUCCACACGAGCUGUGUGGCGGUACCCAGUAUUUCACAAGGCCCCCGAAUCUGGCUUUGUCCCCAUUGUCGGAGGUCAGAGAAGCCUCCAUUAGAGAAAAUUCUGCCCCUGCUGGCCUCCCUGCAGCGUAUCCGCGUUCGCCUUCCUGAGGGAGAUGCACUUCGAUACAUGAUCGAAAGAACGGUGAACUGGCAGCACAGAGCCCAGCAGCUGCUCUCAUCAGGGAACCUCAAGUCUGUGCAGGAUCGAGUGGGCUCGGGACUGUGGUAUAGCAGAUGGCAGGCCUCAGCGGGACAAGUGGCCGAGACAAAUAAGGUGUCUCAGCCUACUGGCACAACCUCCUUCUCCUUGCCUGAUGACUGGGACAACAAAGCCUCAUACGUACACUCUCCCUUCUCCAGUGGCCGAAGUUGCAUCCCCCUCCAUGGUGUUAGUCCAGAAGUGAAUGAACUGUUGAUGGAAGCCCAGUUGCUCCAGGUAUCCCUUCCUGAAAUUCAGGAACUUUACCAGACUUUACUUGCAAAGCCAGCCCCUGCUCCGCAGACUGAUCGAAGCUCACCAGCUAGACCCAGCAGUGAGAAGGACAGCUGGUGCGAGGACUGGGUCAUCAGACUGAGGGGGCCCGUUUUGAGUGCUGACUUACUUGAAGGGGAUAGAUACCAUAAUGAGUGCUGCCGCGGGAAGCGAGACGGAAUCAACAGUCUUGAGAGAAAACUGAAGAGACGCCUGGAAAGAGAAGGCCUCUCCAGUGACCGAUGGGAUCGAGUUAAAAAAGUGCGGACCCCCAAAAAGAAGAAAAUCAAACUGAGCCACUCCAAGGACAUGAACAGUUUCAAGUUAGAGAGAGAGCGUAGCUAUGAGUUAGUCCGUUCUGCCGAAACUCACUCCCUGCCCUCAGAUACAUCCUAUUCGGAACAGGAGGACUCUGAGGAUGAAGAUGCCGUCUGCCCCGCUGUGAGCUGCCUGCAGCCAGAAGGAGAUGAGGUGGACUGGGUCCAGUGUGAUGGCAGCUGCAAUCAGUGGUUUCACCAGGUCUGUGUUGGUGUUUCUCCAGAGAUGGCAGAGAAGGAAGACUACAUCUGUGUGCGCUGUACUGUGAAGGACGCACCAAGCCGAAAAUAAAAACACAAACACAAACACAAACACCCCCACCCCCAACCACUUAAUGUAAUUCAGGACUCCAACCAAGAAGAUUUCUUCAGUUUCUCAGCAAAGCUGCAGGACUGGUAUUCAGACCAGCCUGUAAACGGUGCUAUUUCUAUUCCUUACGGGAUCAUUUUUCCAGAACUCUUUGAAAAAAAGAAAAAACAACUAAAAAAUUUUUUGACACUUUUUGUAUUUUUUUCCUUAAGAGCUGUUUGUGGUGGUUGAGGUGUGAAAUGCUGACUGGUUUUUUUGCAGGGGUUUCCAGCAAUUUGGAAGGCAUUGGAGCUUUCACCUUUUCGUGUACAGCAUUAAAGUCUUACCUCUGUCUGGGAUUUACCGGCUUAAGAGUCCAACUCCGUUCCAGUGCCCAGAAGGGCUGCAGAGAUUCCAGUAAAUCCUCAUUUGAGGAAUUUCUCUCUUGUUUACUCUGUUACCAUAUUGGGGAACUUAAGUUUUUCACUUUUGGGGUUUUUGUUUGUUUCUUUAUCCACUUUUCUUUUUCCUGGUAGACUAGGUUUAUUUAUCAAAGCAAUAACUUCUAUGUUGGUUUCAGUGGCUGGAAUUAAAACAAAACAAAACAAACUUCCAAACAGUGUGUUGGUGCUUUAGCAUUUGGUUGAUGUACAGAACACAAAUGUCUAGUUUCUAGUGUCACUGAUGAACUAGUGAUGUAGAAAAGAGACUGCUCUGUAAGUAAUUGCCACAGCUGUAUUUUGGCUUUUCCCCUGCCCCUUCCUUCCUCUCCUACUAUUUUUUUGGUAGCUUGUAUCAAAUGUUGCAGUUUAUAUUGUGGAAUAAAUCCUUGGUCCUAAUUUAA